GACCAGCCGCCUGUUGGUCGGAACCUGCUUGGGGUCGGGUCGGUGGUGUGUUCCAGGUGGGCCGUCGCGGAGGGAGACGUCGUGGGGAGCCGGCCGUGGCGGGGACGCCAUGGACGACCAGGGCUGUCCGCGAUGUAAGACCACCAAAUACCGGAACCCCUCCUUGAAGCUGAUGGUGAACGUGUGCGGACACACUCUUUGUGAAAGUUGUGUGGACUUACUGUUUGUUAGAGGAGCUGGAAACUGUCCUGAGUGUGGCACUCCCCUGAGAAAGAGCAAUUUCAGAGUACAGCUCUUUGAAGACCCUACUGUUGACAAGGAGGUUGAGAUUCGGAAAAAAGUAUUAAAGAUAUACAAUAAAAGAGAAGAAGACUUUCCUAAUCUAAGAGAAUAUAAUGAUUUCCUAGAAGAAGUGGAAGAAAUUGUUUUCAACUUGACCAACAAUGUGGAUUUGGAAAACACAAAAAAGAAAAUGGAGAUAUACCAAAAGGAAAACAAAGAUGUCAUUCAGAAAAAUAAGUUAAAACUGACUCGGGAACAAGAAGAAUUGGAAGAAGCUUUAGAGGUAGAACGACAGGAAAAUGAACAAAGAAGACUGUUCAUACAGAAAGAGGAACAACUGCAGCAGAUUCUCAAAAGGAAGAAUAAACAGGCCUUUUUAGAUGAACUGGAGAGUUCUGAUCUCCCUGUUGCUCUGCUUUUGGCUCAACAUAAAGACAGAUCUACCCAACUGGAAAUGCAACUUGAAAAACCUAAAACUAUGAAACCUGUGACAUUUUCCACUGGUAUCAAAAUGGGCCAACAUAUUUCAUUAGCACCUAUUCAUAAGCUGGAAGAAGCUCUAUAUGAAUACCAGCCAUUGCAGAUAGAGACAUGUGGACCACAAGUUCCUGAACUUGAGAUGUUAGGACGACUUGGGUACCUAAAUCAUGUGAGAGCUGCAUCUCCACAGGACCUUGCUGGAGGCUAUACUUCUUCUCUUGCUUGUCACAGAGCACUGCAAGAUGCAUUCAGUGGACUUUUCUGGCAGCCCAGUUAAACUGUAUUUCUCCAUUUAUAAGGUUUGGACCCUGGAGCACAACCAAAGGGCUAGAAAAGCAGACUUGUAGAAUUAUAGCCAUACUCAGCUGCACAACAGUACCACCACGAGCCACUCUGUUAAGGAAUUCAUACAGAGAAAAUUUCAUAUCUAAACUGAGAAAUAUAGGGGAUUCGUUUCCAUGAAAAGCUUUGUUUACUUAUAUUUUCAUGAGAGGGAUUGAAGUAAGGAGAGCCUCAUAUGAUGGGAGAGAUGAAUAAAUAAUUCACUUAUGUAUAUUUGAGGUUGACAGACUUAUAAAAUCUUUUUAAAAAUAAAGCUAGACUUUAAUAGUA